UUUACUAAACGCUGAAUACAUAAAUCCAAUCUACCUUGUAAAUACUGAGUCACUCACGAGACAGAAGGUUCCAUCAGAACUACAAUGGAACACAGUGUAAUGCAAAACAAGUGCAUUCCCAACAGAUCAAUGAACUAUAACCAGUGGAUAUGGGCAGGUCACAUGACUUUAUUUGUCCAUUUGGGCUGAGAGGGCGGGCACCCAGGCCGGUUACAUUCACUGUAUAACUGCACAUAAUCACGCCUCCACCAGGCGUCACGGAAACUAGGCGGGCUUGUAGGUGUCCUGACGUCAUUGCUUAAAGAACCAUCUCUGGAUCUCCACGUUGCUGGUAGAUAUAGAGCGGCCGUGAGAAUGAACUGCUGCACAUCCAGCGGGGCCUGCUAGGGGAGAGGAGACAGCCAGCUGGUAGAGUGAGUGUGCCUAUAUUAAUGUCUGUGUGUCCUGAUCACCGAGUCCAUAUUACUGUUUGUAUGUCGUGAUCACUGUGUGUCGAUAUGACUGUCUGUGUGUCCUGAUCACCGAGUCCAUAUUACUGUUUGUAUGUCGUGAUCACUGUCUGUGUGUCCAUAUUACUGUCUUUAUGUCCUGAUCACUGUGUGUCGAUAUGACUGUCUGUGUGUCCUGAUCAUUGCAUGUGUGUCUAUGUUAGUGUCUGUCCUGAUCACAGUGUCUCCAUGUUACUGUCUGUCUUUCCUGAUAAUAGUGUGUCCAUAAUGCUGUCUGUAUGUCCCAAUUAUAGAGGUGUCCUUGUAUUUCAGUCCGUAUGUCCUGAUGAUUGUGAUUCUGCAUCCUGACCACCGAGGUCUCAGUGUACCAACACAAAGUGCUUUAUUGAAAUACGAAAGGUAACAUUUUUAGAGUCGGGUUACAAAAUGUGGUUUCAUGUUGUCAUUUUACUGUAAAAUAUUAAAAUGGACGGGCACUUCUUCAUUACUCAGACUUCUUUAAAUUAAACGCUGAUCUAAUAACUGGAAAAAAAAUGCCCGCUUUUUAGUAUUUGUGAUAUCUGCUUUUAUCUAUAAUUUUCCUGUCUGAAUCCCUGUGCUACAUGUGUGGGCAGUCCGUUUCUAUGGUAUACACCUUGUUGUGUCUGUUUUGGUAAUGUUGAUGUUAUCUGCAGCUUUGCUGUACCUUUCUGUAUACCUUUUUGUACAGUAGCUGUGUGUUUUCAAUGUGUAGAUGUAGCCUCUACCAUUUAGGAACUGACGCAUGUCUGUUUCCCCUGCUGUAACCACUACCUGCGUAUCUGUUUUCUCCUAUAGGAAGAUAAGGAAUGUCUGACUCUUUUGCCUCACUCCAUCUGCAAAAUGCUCUUGUGUUAACUCUCUGCAUGCCUGUUCUUUCUGUUGGUAACAGUGAUGACUGUAUGUGCCCCUGUUGUAUCCCACUGUCUGCUUACCUGUUCCCUUUUUUGUAAUGGUGACGACUGCCUGAUUUUGUUUUAGUAAACUGUGCGCGUGUUGUGUCAAAUGUCUGCAACCCACUUCUAAAUACCAGCUGGAUAUUGUACCAAUGUCCUAACGGUGAGGACUGUCUGCGUCCUUGCUGUAUCCAAAAUAUUUGUUAAUCCGUGUACCCUGUUAUCUUCUCCUCUGCUGUAUCUCGCUGUGCAUGGGGACUGUAUGUUCUAUAAUCUGACUCUGUGACUAAACAUAACUACUAAAUCUAGGUACUGCUAUUAUAUGUUCAUUCUCUAUAAUUCUAUAAGCCUGAUCGUUAUCUCUUAAAUUGUAAUUAUAUAUUAUACAUCCAGACAUUCUAUGGCAUGGUGGAAAGCUGUAGGUUCCUAAAGGGUGACUACUUUUCUUUCUAAUUGCUCAAAUCGCUUGUCUACCCCAAAUAACCGACUCGGGUGUCUCCUGCUAUGCUUAAAUCCCUAAUCUGUUAAUCCCCUGGUAGCUUUUAUUGUGUCUAUUCAAUAAUAUAUACCCUGCAUUAAUAUGACUGUAAUACUAUUUUCCUCCCUUUUAUGUACUUUGAGAGUCUGCUAGUAGACUAAUCACUGGCAUACCAUUCUUGGAACUUACACUGCUUUCUAUCUAUUUUUGUCUUUUUAGAUAUGGACAUGACGCUGCUAUGGACACUCCUUCGAUUUUUGCUCUUGCCUAUGGCCCUCCUUUCUUUUUCUUUGGCAGAAGAUGCCCUUGCCAACUCAGGCCACGCACUGAGUGCCGCUUCCUUUCUGCAGGAUAUUCUUCACAAAUACGGUGAAAAUGAGACCCUCUCCUUGCUGCAGCUGCAGUCUCUUUUGGAGAAACUGGAGUUAGGAAAAGGAGGGGACAGCCCUAAAAAUGUGUCUCAGGUGAGACCCACUAUGAUCUGUCAGAACAUCAGUCCAUAAGCUCUUGAGUGAAAUACACAACACCAGACAUUCACAUGAUUAACAUGCCUUCUGAACAUAAUUGUUUUAAAGCAACGUUAUGGGGAUUGAUGCUAGUUUGUAAUUUAUAUUUAAAUUAUUGCAGCACUUUCAGAUACAGAAUUGCUUUUUGUUUAUUAAAAUUCUUUAGCUUGUAGGUAGUGGAAAUGAAUAUUCAUUGAACCCUAACUGAAGAGCAGUGUUCUAAUUCCAACACUUGUUCUGCAAUCGGUGGAAUAGUUGUUUGUUUUUUUUGUUUGUUUUUUUUUACUAUUCUCUCUAGCAUCGUAUAUCUUUACCCAGCUUGUAGUAUAAGGUUAAUGUUUCAACCCAUAGCUGACAAGUUGGCUUUAACAGCAAACAUGCAUGUUUUCUUUUUUACAUGGUAUGUUGGAGCAGAAGAAUGUAAGAGCAGGUACAUGCGGGGGCAUUUAUUAUAGUAUGACUUGUCUUGAGUUUUACAUAUUAGGCCAAAAUAGCUGGCUCUGAGAAUUUUUCCAGUUUGGCUACCUGAGUCUGAAACAUGAAAUUCACUUUGCAUUCCUGACAGUUCAGACAUUAGUUGAAAAUCCUGAAAGUCAUAUAUGCUUUAAUCGGGCUAUUCACAAGGACCAAAGGUGUGUUCGACACAUUGUCAUUUUCUAUGGGUGCACACCCUAAUGCAAUUUUUCUUUUCUUAUCUCUUAAUGCAGAGACAGUAAUAUUUUGUUUAAUUAGGCUACUAAUGUAUUGUUAAAACUGAUUUUAAAUAUGUCGUUUUAAACCUAGAGUUAAUGGCAUUUUAUAUUUGCAUACAUCUUUUUUGUUUCUUUUAAAACCAGUUCUGGGGGAAAGUUCUAAAAGUGGAGCAAUCCACAUGGAAAUCACCAGACUGUUCCUGUUGAUUGCUCUACUUUUUUGAACUGCUUCCAUGGUUCACAUUCCUUCAUGUCAAUAGACCCCUGCUGAUUUAGGUGUAGUCAAAGAAUGGGAACUUAAUACAGAUUUGCUCGAUUACAUACAAGAGGCUUUUAUACUACUGAAAAAGUGAAAUGACUAAGUGAGUUUCUGGAAGAGUAGAAGAUGGGGCGCAUCUUCAAAAAUAAAUCCAUAGCAUUAAAAUAAAUAUAUAUUUUAUAAAAAAAUUUGUCAAUUCCAGGUAAACUAAACAUUUAACCUUUUUCUUCUAGAAGUAAAGUUAAAGGGAAACUUCAGGAACAAACAUUGCAUAUUUUGUUUGCAAAUGCCAGAUAUGUUUAGUGGCACUUGAAAACAGAACUGUCACACAUGAGAUUCUUGCACUUAGCAAAAACAAAAAGUUGGCUAUUAUUUAUUUUCCUUUUCAUUACAAACAAUAAUAAUGCAUUCUUAUACUCCCCCUUUUCAUGCCAUUCAUGCUGGACAUGGCAUGUUUAUUAGAUUAUCUGGACAUGGCAUGUUUAUUAGAUUAUCUUAUAAAAUGCCGUCCACAGAGUACAUGUGUUUAUGCACAGCACCGCUAAAAGAAGGCUGUAGUGUAGAGCUCUUAUGGGCUGGUACCAUGCUUCUGUGUAGAUGCGUGAGCAUGCCCUAGGCUUACAGGGCUCAGCUGAAUCGCACACUGUGUGGAAGUGCAGUGCAUGUAAGUACUUUAUUUUAUUUAAAAAUUUUAACUUCCCUCUACAGCAUUCAUGUCAAACUCGCGGGCCGAAUGCGGCCCACAAUGAACAUAUUUGGAGCCCAGCGAGCCGUGAGUUUGACAUGCUUACUCUACAGCUUCAUUUGCACCUAAUACUGCUGUAGCCUUUACUGUUAUUGGGGUCCAAUGAACGUUCACUUCCUGAGCAGUGAUCAUUCUGCUUUAAACUUCUAAUAAGCAAAUGCUCUACUUUAAUUGUAAACUAUCACUAAACCAAACCAUAUUGGUUUAUUGAGUACAAUGUAGUAAUUACUUGUCAUAAAGUUAUUGGCAGACUUGCAUGGUUUAUGUGGAAUCCUUGCUUUCUUUAUGGCUUGUUGAAAGUCCAAAGCGUAUAAUUGUUCCCCACUACUUGAGCUGCUAAGCAUUAAAAGUGUGUUUUUUAAAAUGUACUUAGAAUGUUGAAAUAAAGGCAUGGAGUGUGUUCUCCUGACCCAAAGCCCCAUUUCAGUCAGAAAUCCACUAUUUGAUAUAGUCAUGGUUUCCUCGGUCACAAACUCUGGAACUGGCUAGAAUGAGAAGGGAAUUGUUAAUUUUAGGAUAAAAUCUCCUAGAGAAGCGGUGGACGUACACAGUGUACAUGCUGAUGCGGGACAUUAAAUGAUUGAAUCUACUUCAGUCUGACGUCCUUAGUGGUUGUCUUAUUGACAGCAACUAGUAGGUAUGGCAAUUUCCAAAUAUAUUAAGUCCUGUUUUACUGUCUUCAUUUUUCAAGCUGUGUGGGGCUGCAGUUAUCCUCCAAAAAUCACUUAAUUUAAGGCAAACUGAUUUUGGUGCUUAGACUCUCUCUUUAAAGCCCCUUUGGGUGGUAUGAAAGGUCCUUCAGCCUUGGUGCAAGCAGGGUGGGUCCUUUAAUGCCAAAAAUAAAUGAAAAACGUAGGAUUAUUAUUUAUAUAGCGGCGUCCGAUUCCGUAGCGCUGUACAAUGGGUAUACUUCCAAAAUCAGAACAAAAAAAGAAAUCUACCUGAAUCUGAUACAUUUACAGUUUAUUUUUUUUGUAGCUCCACUAGUUUUAAAAAUAUUAUAUGAAAUAUUUCACUUUUUUGUUUUUUUUUUUUUCCACAAUUUUGUGUAUUUUAUUCUUACUAGAUGAUUAGUUAUGCAUAUAUCAGGUUAAAAAAAAAACUUUCUAUCCUAUAAAAAAUUUAUAUAAAAUUUGUGCGAGUGUCCUUAAUAUAGAAAAGGGAAAUUACAGUUGAAUAAGCAUGUAUUUUAGUUUUUGUAUAUUGGGUUAAAAAGUACUUGGUCUUUAAUGGGGUUAAUAGUAUGUAUAGGUUUAUUGCAUGUUUUAGCGAUUAACAAAAUACUUGGAAUAUCUCACAGGAACAGAAGAUACUUUACAAGGCUUAGUCGCCUUUUGCUAAUCUGUUGGAGUAUGGGAUCAUGUAUUAUAACCUGGAAAAUUGGGCAGGAAACGUGUACGUGCUAGCUCUAGAGGUGUGUGUUUUUUUUGUUUGUUUUUUUUAAAUAUGUGAAUAAGAGAGUAAUUGUCUCCCCCUAGUGUCUCAGUUCCACUGCUCUGUUCCAUGCCCACAAUUUGUCAUCGGAGUCUGUGGUAGAUGCUGAAGGUCUACAAAGCUUCUGCCCCACCAUUCUGCAGCAACUUGAAACUGGAGCUUGCCGUGGGAACGCGGUCUCUCAAAAUGAGACUGCCGAGGAAGGGAGACCCAGCCCAGCAGAGGGUAAGACUACAUAGACCAUCACAUUCUUUUCAGUCACAAGGCACUUGGGGAAGAAUUUUACUUAUUCAGAACAGAUUCCAUUUAAUAUGUCUAUUUACUGUACAGGCAGUAUUCAUUUCAUGCCAUAAGGAGGUAAUGUAACUUUGAGUUUUCAUUUAUAUAUUUUUAUAUAUUUUUAUAUAUAUAUUGCUAGUGAUGCUUGGCUUAUUCUCCUUCAGGUGCAGUCUAACUACAAGUUUCAUCAUCUAACUGGCAACGGUUGAUUUGAAAAAGUGGUCCCUAUAGCUUUUAACAAUGUUUAUUGCCUUUCUUUGCUUUUUCUUUAUCUUUUGCAUCCAUCAGUGCACUGGAUCUUUCCUGCACACAGUUUCUGUCCUCAGGAUCUCCUCACUUGAGGCAGGCUGUGCCAUGAAAAUGGAAAUGCAGAUUAAUCUUUCUGCUCUCAUGUGAGAUGAUACUGAAUGCAAUACUUGUUGGGAAUGCUGACGCUAAGAAACUGUGCACUAGGCCAGAGAUGUCCCGUGUCAUUUUUGGAGGACCGUACCUCAUUCAUGUAUAUAGACAAAUGGUCUGGCCCUAUGCAAUAUAUGGUAAUUGAUGUGAAUCGGGCCGGGGGAUCUGAAGCCUUCUGAAGGGUCCAGACUUUUAAAGACAAGGACUACCUAGCUGGAAACCAGUCUGUUGUGACUCUGGUGCACUGACCAGCUUUAUUAAAGUUUAUAAAUAUCUUAUAUAUAAAAGCAAAAGAUCAAAGAUCUAUAGCCUAUUGCAAAUACCUGGACAGCCCUGCUAGCCUGUAUCAUGCUCUAUGUUAAUAGUCAGUGCUUUUUCCACUUCACAAAAAUCCUUUUGCUUCAUUUCAUCCUUCCAUGCUUCCCUCACAUUGUGUUCUUGUCCCACAGUCUGGGGCUUUGGGCUCCUGGCCGUCACCCUGAUCAGCCUGUCCUCUCUCAUGGGUGUCUUCUUUGCCCCCUGCGUAGAGAAGCCCUUGUUCCGUCGGCUACUCAUCUAUUUCAUCGCCUUGUCCAUCGGUACCCUGCUGUCUAAUGCACUCCUGCAGUUGAUCCCUGAGGUGCAGUAAUUACCCACACGACUACACGCAUAAAUAAAUAAAAUUAUCACAUUGAUUUCCCUCACAUAAACACAGGUUUAGGUUUGAAAGGACAAUGGUUUUUUUUUUUCAGUGCAAUAAUGUUUGUCUCCACUAGAGGAGGCCACACUCUAUAUAAUCAUUUCAUGUAGAUUCUGGUGAUCUCAGGUGGUGAGGUGUAUCUAUUUCUUGGUGCUUUUGCAGACACUCAUAAACUCUCAACAUUCCACCACCUGCAGUGAUAGCAUCUCGCUGAUCAUAAUUGGUGCAUCUGUCUGUUCUUUCCUUCAAUCUCUCUUCCUUUGCUCUCCCUGGAUUGUAUUGGUUUGACUUAAAUUUCUAAUUUGAUAUGUCGCUGCCUUUACUCUCUAUUGGACAUACUGCAGCAUAUAGAUUUAUGGUCAGCAUGACUGUAUAUGUAUACUCUGUGCAUUGCUCUCUGUAUUCUGCAAGCUGUGCAUUAGCAAUGUUUUGUUCUUCAUAUGACAAUUUUUUAAUCUUGCAUUUUAAUUGACAUUGUUGUUAUUUUAAGCUUGUAAUUAAUGGCUGUAGUUUUUAGCUGCAGAUGUUGGCCUUUACAUUGGGAUGGUAAGCUCGGUUGGGAUCAUCUGCAUCUGAAUAAGCAGCCUCUUCUCUGUGGAUUUUGUUAGACUUGGGAUUGGGCUGAAAUUCUGGAGAAAACUAUUAUUAUUUUAAUCCAUUUCAUGUAGUUACCCCCUGAUUGUGUGUCCGUGGUACAGAUACAUCAGACACAGAGUUGGGGGAUACAAAGAGGAGUUGUUUUACAUUCAAACUGCUUUGCCAACUGAAACUAACCAGCAGGGAUGAAAGUCCUCUUCAGUCAGCGAGUUACACAAUGUUGAUUACAUAUCUCAGAAAGCUUUACUUAGUGUAAACAUUCUCCGAAUAACUAUUUAUUUGAAGGCAAUUUAUAUGUUGUAACCGAUUUUCUUGGUUGCAAAGGUAAAACAUUUACAUUUCAUAGAGUUAAUAAUGAGUAAGAGCAAAGUCUACACUCUGGGGUAGACUACUAAACUCUGGGGUCACUUUAACCACUGUCUGUGGAUCUUUUUUAUCCAUGCAGAGUAUUGCCAUGAUACCAGGGUUGUCAAACUGCAUGCACACAGGUUUUGAUGGAGAUCAGUUACCGCCAUUAUCUUCCUGGCUCAGCUGGGAAUGGCUUGUGAGAGUUGUAGUCCAGUAAUGUACAGUUAAAUGCCCUCUGCUCUAUGUAAUAGACUAGUUGGUUACUGCCUUUGUGAGUGCUGGUAGCCAAUAAAAGUCCAUGCUGGCUAUGUUUUAGAGUUGCAAUCCGUUUCAGUGUAACAGAUUCUCCUCUCUCUCCUAAUCUGUUGAAAUUUAUUGAUGGACAACUAUUGGGAUUUAAUCACUAAUUGGUUCUCUCGUUUCUUUCCCUCUUCUUUCUUUGGUAUGGAUUUCAUCUCCCCCAUUCAUUAAACCAUUUGUUUUCUUUUCACAUUAUACUUCUGUGUGUCUGUCUGUGUGAUUUUUGAAUUUUUUCUAUUUAUUACUUAUUUGUGGUUUUGGCCCCCUCACUACCUUUUUACUAUGUUAUCAAUACUGUCCUGGUCUCUGAAUCAAAUCUCACUCCUAAUUCCUUCCACUUCUUCAUAUUCUAAUUCACUUCCCUAAUCGGAUUCUUUAUUUUUAUUUUAUUUUUUAAAUUUUCAUCCUCUUUUACUUUCUUUCUUUCUUUCUUCACGCUUAUCUUUUGCUUUCUUUGAUAUUUCUCAACUCAAUUUCUAUCUUUAUAACCGCUAUACAUUUCCUUCUAUUUUUGUGUUCCUCACCCCCGCCCCCAUACUCUUUCCUCAUUAUGAAACAUUCUUCAUGUAUCUGUUCCCCCUUCCCACAUCCCAUACAUGUUUUGUUAAUUAUUUUUCCUGUUCUCCUUCGCUCUUAUGGUUCCUCUCUUACUGUUGCUACCUUACAUGUCUGUCAUCCUUUUUUUCUUUGCCACGCAUUAUUUAAUUGUCUUUUUUUUUUUUCUUUUUGUAUGUUUUGAAUGACUGCCACCCCCUCAUUUUUUAAAUUUUUAUUUUUAUUUUUUUUGGUUUUCAUCAUGAUGUCCUUCCAUCUCUUCUAUCUGUGGCAUGUCUGUCACAUCCAUUCCUCAUGCCUUUGUCUAUGUGUCCAUGGCUUCCUCAGUGUGGGGCUAUGGAUUUCUAUGUGUCACAGUUAUCUCUCUGUGCUCCCUCCUGGGAGCUGGCGUGGUCCCCUUCAUGAAGAAAGCCUGUUACAAGCGUCUCCUCCUCUUCUUCAUUGCUCUCGCCAUUGGGACCCUAUAUUCCAACGCUCUCUUUCAGCUCAUCCCCGAGGUAUGGGGUACAUUGGGUACCACAUGUAACAGAGUAGAGACACUGUGCUGCAUGGAUGGACAUGUGUUGGAGAGCUUGGUGUGCAUGAUGUAUAAAUAAAUUCAUUACUUGUUUGAAUUAUAUAUAUGGAUGGAUUUUUUUUAUUUUUAUUUUUUUAUGAGGCCCUGAUCAAUAUAUAAGGUGGACUCUCAUUUUUAAUCUAUUUUUGUAACUAGAAUAUCAUACACUGACCCUACACUUUUCACUUAAGUUUAUAACUGGAUGUCUGCUUUAUGUGUUUGGGAGCCUUGUUUCUCAAAUUAGAGAAAUCUUAUACUUUGUACCUUCUCCAUCACAGGCAUUUGGUUUUAAUCCAUUGGAGGACUCCUACGUUUCCACAUCAGCAGUAUUAUUUGGUGGCUUCUAUCUCUUUUUCUUCACAGAGAAGGUUUUGAAGAUGAUAUUGAAACAGAAGCAUGAGGUAGACUUUCAGUCACUUGUUGUGUUUUUUUUUUUGUUUUUUUUUUAUUUUUUUUUUAUUUUUUUUUUGUGGUAGAUGUUUGUAGGUGAUUCCAACAUGCUGUUACUUAUUGUGAUGUUGCAGAAAGGAUUGAGUCAGGGCAAUUAUUUAUUUAUUUAAAAGUACAUUCCUGUUUUGUUAAAACAAUAACUUGUGUGGAAAAUUGGACCAUAACACUUCAUCACUGCAUGUUUACUGGACAUGAUUUGUACUUUUCAUCAUUCAUAUUUUAAUUAAAAAAAUAGAAUGCGGUAAAUGAACUUUUGAACAAAUUUAUUUAAUAAAUUGCACUGAAAUUUUGCACAGAGUAGUAGGUAAAAGUGUCAGUGAUGCUUUCAUAUCCCCUCCUUUAUUUCUCAUAAAUUGCCUCCACUGCCGUGCGUGCAUUCAAAUCGCCCAUAGGAAAGCAUUACACAAUGCUUUCCUAUGGACGUCCAACGUGAGUUCAAUGCAAUUUUCACACUGAGAAUAGCGGAAACAGCCUCUAGUGGCUGUCAGGGAGACAGCCACUAGAGGCUGAAUUAACCCUGCCAAGUAAACAUAGCAGUUUCUCUGAAACUGCUAUGUUUUCAGCUGCAGGGUUAAAACUUGGGGGACCUGGCACCCAGACCACCUCAUUGAGCUGAAGUGGUCUAGGUGACUAUAGUGGACCUUCAAGGUCAAAGCAGGUGAUCUGGACCAUAACUGACUGAGAUUUUCAAGUUAGGCUAUUUGGUCUUAUCUACUGUGAAUUCAUUAUACAUUCCUGAUAAUUUUAUCUUUAGUAAAUAAAAAAAUAAAUUAAUUUCUACCUAUGGCUCUACAGGACUUGACUCUGUAGGAGAAAAAUCUCCGCUUAUAAAGAGUACAGUUUGAAUUCUCUCUGCUUAUAAGAAUAAUGGCACACAAAUGCCAUUAAGGUAUUCAAAUUUAGGUUAUGCAGUGUAGGAGCACAGAAUGCAAAGCUUUUACUGGGGUCCAGUUAGACACAAAAUCUCUAUUUUAAACAUAAAUAAAUUGGGAAUAAAACGAUUUAGGCAUGUGUUUACAAUAAAAUGGGUUAAAGACUGGAAAAUUUUAAAAAAUGUUGCUGGUCUUGUGAAGAGUUCACAAGGGGCGUUUGCUAACAUUACCCUAUCCCAUAGCAAACUUACAUAAGGACACAGUCUCUUAUGAAAAUGACACCAGUGAAAAUACCCUGUAACCUGCAUGAAACUUUUUUUUGUUUCAUGAGAUGCUCCGUUUUCUUUUAAAUUUAUAUAUCAAGAUUUAGGAAAUAACAUCACAAUCCAGGUCAGCCCAGAUACGGUAUAAAUAAUAUUAAAGGAAUACUAUAGUGCUAGGAAUACAAGGCUGUAUUCCUGACACUUUUUUGCUCCCUCUGCCCGAGUAAAGGGUUAAAAUCCCUUUAUUUACUUACCGGAUCCGACGUCUGGCAAUGAGCGGACGCUAAUGCGCAUGCGUGGCAAAUGCCGUGUGCGCGUUGGUCCACCCCAUAGCAAAAAGCAUCGAAUCAAUGCUUUCCUCUAGGGAAAAAUCUAAUGCUAGGUGUCCUCAUGCAGAGCGCGAGGACGUACAGCGUCAGAUACCGGAUCAAGGUCCGUUUCAAUAUAGGAAGCACUUCUAGUGGCUGUCUGAUAGACAGCUACUGGAGGCAGAUUUAGUGCUGCAAUGUAAACAUUGCAGUUUCUCUGGAACUGCAAUGUUUAACAUUGCAGCACUAGGUGCAAAAGGGACACUACACCCAGACCACUUCAAUGAGUGUCCUUCUAAAAUUAACUGUUCCCUUUUUUUUUUUUUAAAGCAGAAUUGUCAUCUGAGCUAGUCUCUAUUGUUUUCCUUGCUUCUGUGCAGUUGUCCUUUUAAAGGCACACUCCAUACACAAAAUGUUCAGUUUGCUGAAGUAUGUAUUGCAUAUAUCUGGAGCCUGUCAUAUGUAUAAUAGUUUAUAAAAAGGUUGAAUUCAAUUUUUUUAUAAUUGGGGACAUAAACACCAGUCCGCCAGUAAAGUGUUUUUUUUUUUUUUUUUUUGUUUUUUUUCCUUCCAAUUCUGUGCUUCAUAGAGCUAGGGUGCUGGGCUAGUAUGUGCCUGCCUUCCCCCUUCUUAAUGAGCUGUAUCAUAGUUUCAUCCUGCUCUCUCCGGUGUCCAAUCCAAUGCUUCUCAUAGAAGAGCAUUGGAAAUCUAUGCAAAUGCAUUGUGAGUGACGCAUGAACAUUCAAAUGCUUCUUACUGGAAAACACUGAAUUCAUUUUUUUCCUUUGAGCUACCACUAGAGGUAGAAUUAACCCUGAAUGUAAAGUUUGCAGUUUAAAAAAAAAAAUAUGACUCGCGAACCCAACCAACUACUGUAUAGGGGUAAUUAAAUUUUAUUUUUAUAUAUUUAUUUAUUUUUAUUCUUAAUUUUUUAUUGAGAGAAUUUUCCAUAAUAACAAGAGAGUCAAUAGACAUACAACAACACAAAGUAUAUUCGAUUGAUAUGAGGGACACAACAUCAUGUAGAAAAUCAUCAUGUAUAAACAAGUUAAAUUGAAUACUUUAGUAUAUAUGUUUAUCAUCACUACUUGAUAGUGACAAAAAGAUAGCCCUUCACCUAUACGGUGCAGAGGGGUUUCCUAAGAAUAUAUAGCAGCCAUUUAGAUACAAAUCUUAUUAAAACAGUACAAAAAUCGCCCACUUGUAACAAAUAUUUUUACUGGAUACUUUUACACUGUUCGAGACAGAGCCUAUGAAAGAUUGUUAAUAACCAUAACCCUGUUUAACUGAAAAAGCAAAACCAGAAAUUUAUUAUCAAUAAAUGGUGGAAAGUUUUUGGAGCCAGUUGGAGUACUAUUUAUUUAUUUUCCUUUUUUUUUAUUAUUAUUUAUUUAUUUAUUUAUUUUUAGAGAAAACUAUGCUAUUAUUUAUGAUGUCUUUUUCCAUUGUCAAUUGAAAUAUGAUUUGAUCGAUCAAAAGAGAUUUCUGAAAUGGGUUGGAAGAUUUCCAAUGUCUGGCAAUAAUAAUUUUAACUGCAACAAAGCAGUGUAUAGCAAAACAAAUAUAUUUAUGCGACUUUAAUUGCCAAUUCAAGUGUAGAAGGGCUGAUGCCGGAUUUUUAUUGGGUUUAUUAAGUGUAACUGUAUAGAAGAUAUUAAAUGCCCACGCCCAAAGCGAUUUAACGACUGGACAGGCCCACCAUAUAUGAAUGUAUGUGCCCGGGUACGUGCCACAUCUCCAGCAAGUAGAGUUGUGUGUAUCAUACAUUUUGGCCAGUCUUGUUGGGGUAAAAUACCAUCUGUGUAAGACCUUGAAAUGGCAUUCAGUCAAAUUAAGACAAUGUAUAUAUUAAGGAGGUAAGCCACUCAUUUGGGGGAAUCACUAAAUUUAAUUUCUUCUCCUACGUAUUAAUCCGUUUCUGGGGGAUGACAUUAGAACCAUCAGAGAGGGGGUUCUAAUGGGGGGGGGGGAGAUGGUGGGGGGGAAGAGAGAGAGAGUGUGUGUGUAUUUUCAUUCGGAUAAUAUUGGCAAAAUAAAUUGUAAAGUAAUGCUUGGGAAACUAAGGCUACCCUGGGAUAAAUUUUUGGCUAGAGGGGUAAUUUUAAUUCAAUCACCAAAGUUCCAUUCCUGGGUAUGGCACUAUGGAAGUAAUUCCCAAGCAUGCAUGCCACAACAGAACAUGAGCUAGCACCUGGAGCAUCGUGGGCCGAUGAUCUCGCCUUUAACAUAAAAGUGCUGCUGGGCUCUCUGAUAGGACCUGUACUACAUUUUAUUUUGCAGAUCGCAUACUUCUAUUAUUUGAGUACUUGAAAUACAUAUUUAUUUAUUUUUUGUUUUUUAGAUUAUUUUUAUUGUUUUUUUUUGUUUUGUUUUUUUUGUUAAAUUUGAAUAGUAAACAUUAAAGAAAUACAUCUGAAUAAUAGACCAGGUACAGUGAAAAGGCAAGGAGCACAUCAUACAGUAUUCAUAUAUUCUUAUAUCUACACUCUUAGUCGCGCUAAUUACAGUCCCAAGGCGUAACAAGUAAUUUCUUUUUUUCUUUUCCUUUUAAGCUUUAUAUCCUCUGUGUUGUACUCUUGCCUGUUCUAUCUACCUGUCAGAAAGAUCUUUAAAUUAGGUCACCUCUCCUUUGUCUCAUUGCAGCAUGGCCAUAGCCAUUUUACUACAGAAACCAGUAAACGUGAUGCUGAGGAGGGCGUGACAGAAAAGCUGCAGAAUGGUGACCUGGAUCACAUAAUCCCGCCACCCCUAGGCAGUGAAUCCGAUCUUCGUCCACACCAUGUGGAUGACAAGGUUGUUGUGGGUCCUUUGGCUGUACAGGCAAGUUCAGGAGUGCUUUAUAUAUGAAAGAGAAUGGAUCAAAGUGCUAGGCCUCUGUUAUUGGAUUCAGCAAAGUACAAUAAUAAAAUGAUAGUCGGUUUACCACAAAUAAAUAAUCAGUUAUUAAUGCUAUGGGAAAAUUUACAAUAAUCCUCACAUAUUCCUUUGUCUUAAAAUACAGUGAGAAAUCUUUCAGCUUAUGAACAUUUUUAAGAUGUCUUUGUAAUCCUAAAAUUCUAUCCUUCUGUCACCUUCAUAGGAUCUCCAAGGGCAACAGAGCUCCUGUUACUGGCUGAAAGGGAUCCGUUAUUCUGACAUUGGCACACUAGCCUGGAUGAUAACACUAAGUGAUGGACUACAUAACUUUAUAGAUGGUUUGGCUAUUGGAGCCUCGUUUACAGUAUCUGUCUUCCAAGGGAUUAGCACCUCCAUAGCCAUCCUGUGCGAGGAAUUCCCUCACGAGCUUGGUACGGAUUUUCUCCUAUUAUCAAGGGAAUUGAUGCUUCUAAAAUAUUCCCUCCUUUUUAAAGACUGUACAUGAAAUAUCCCGAUUUACUAUGGCCCUUUAUGCUCUUCAUAAAUUCAAAGAUGGGCUGAGUUGGCAAAUCAGAAGCUAAUUAAAGGUACUGCACGGCUUGGGCAUACUUUCUGAAUGCUGGCUGCUGAUUUCCUAACAGUUGCUCUUUAAGACUACCUAUGGUGUAGAUACUUACCCACAUUGACUUUCUAAACUUCAGUUAAACCUUUUAAUGCAGGCAUACUCAUAUACAGAUUGUAUGCAUUAAAUCUGAACAAAUGUUUCAUCACAGGCCUUACAGAAUUCUACAACUCAAAAUAGGGAAUAUCUUUCCAUAAAUAAUGCUAAGUAGAUCCGGUUUAAUUAGAAAACAAAUCUACCUUGUGCAUUGCAAAAUCACCUUACCUACACCGUAUACAUUUUUAAUGGGAAGUGUGGCCAGCUUAAAUGCAUAUAAAGUUACAAUAUACAACAUAUCUUCCUUUAUAUGCAUUCAGAAUUUUGCUCAGUUUAUGAAAUUAGGGGGUGGAAACGAAAGAAAAAUAUAAAAAUAAAAUUUGCCUCUGGAGGCGCACUGCAGUUUCAGAGGGACAUUAUAUUGUUAGGAAUACAGUUGUUAGUGUUCCUUUUAAUUUCCUUCACAAUUAAAAGGAGCAUUGGAGCAUUGCCUAGUGUUUAGUAAAGAAGGACAUUGAUUUACUGUUGUAUUGGUUUAAACUAGUUUACUAGUUCGUGCCUUGGUAGACGAUGGAGCUAUUGUACUUUCUUUGCAUUUGAUGCAAAUUAAGUAUGCUUGUCAGAACACUUUAUUUGCCAUUUAAAGGAAAACUUCCUACACAAAUGUCCCCUGUUUAGGUUGUUGUUGCUGCUGUUAUUAAUACUAUUAUUUAAUGGUGAAUAAUCCAUAUGCCUGCCCUCCAUACCUGGAAAUAUCCCUAUCUACAUAUCAUUCUGUAGACCACCGUUUCAUACAGCCAAGUGUUUUUCUGUGUUAGUUCUCCAUUUUUUUGAUGCAUGUUCUUGGUUUUUGUAUUUCAGGUGAUUUUGUCAUUCUGCUUAAUGCUGGGAUGAACAUUCCUCAGGCUCUGUUCUUUAACUUCCUGUCUGCGUGCUGCUGUUAUCUGGGCCUGGCCUUUGGCAUUCUUGCUGGCAGUCACUUUUCCUCUAACUGGAUAUUUGGCCUGGCAGGUGGCAUGUUUCUGUACAUAGCGCUUGCCGACAUGGUGAGUUUGGGACCAGAAUAAUUGUUCACCAUUUAUUUCCUUUUCCUUUAAGUAAUGGGGUGAAAAAGUGAAUUGGGAAUCGCCUUUUGUUCUUAAUACCAUUCUCACUAUAUUGUACUUAACCCCUUAGUGACCAGACCGUUUUUCAAUUUUCUUACCGUUAAGGACCAGGGCUCUUUUUACAUUUCUGCGGUGUUUGUGUUUAGCUGUAAUUUUCCUCUCUAAUUUACUGUACCCACACAUAUUAUUAUAUACAGUUUUUCUCGUCAUUAAAUGGUCUUUCCAAAGAUACCAUUAUUUUCAUCACAUCAUAUCAUUUACUGUAAAAAAUUUUUAUAAAAUAUGAUGAAAUAAUGAUUGGUUUGCUGGGCCUAUGUUGCCUUUGAGACUGUAUAGCAGCCCAGGAAUGAAAAUUAACCCCAUUAUGGCUUACCAUUUGUAAAAGUAGACUACCCACGGUAUUCAAAAUGGGGUAUGUCCAGUCUUUUGUAGCCACCACUUAGUCCCAAACGCUGUCCAAAGUUACACAAAAACUGCACUUUUACUGGUGAUUUCAUUGUUGUGAUAAGUUUUACUGUUUUUUAAACACUCAUAUUUGUGUUCAGCUAAGUCUCCUGAGUAUAACAAUACCCCCCAUGCACAGGUUCUAUGGUGUUUUGGAAAGUCACAGGGUCAAUAUAGGGCUUGCCUGAUUCAUUUUGCCAGAUUGGUUUGCUGGGUCUGUGUUGCCUUUUGAGAACAUAUGGUAGCCUAGGAAUGUGAAAUAACCCCAUCAUGGCAUACAUUUUUCGAAUGUAGACAACCCAGGGUAUUCCAAAUGGGGUAUAUCCAGUCUUUUGUAGUAGCCACUAAGAGAAAAACACACACACACACAUUAUAAUUAAAUCAUUUUAUAAUAUAUUAUACAUAUGUAAUGCAUAUAGUGGAAAAGUGUUUCAUACUUACCGUAAUUUUAUUUUCCUGACCAUUAUUCAUGGCAGCAUUUACUCAUGGGUUAUCUCCUCCACUUACAGCAGAAAGGACAGGAAAUAGAACUUUGAAACUGGUAUAAAUAGAUCCUCCCCCUUCCUAUCAGGCAGUCUUUGUAACUAGCUUCACAACUCCUAUAGUAUAUGGGUGGGAACGUAAUGCUGCCAUGAAUAAUUAUCAGGAAAAGAAAAUUACGGUAAGUAUGAAACAAUUUUCCACUUUCCUGACUAUUAUUCAUGGCAGCAUUUACUCAUGGGGAAUACCCAAGCAGUAUAUAUAGAGGGAGGGACAGAGUUCAAAAAACGGCUAAUAGCUAUAAAACCAUUAUUGAGCUGUAUAAAUCUUAGACUUUACAAAGCCAAACAAGAAUCAAUAGGAAAUUGUCAUAAAAUCUGCUCAGACAAGAUAAUUUUCCCUAGAGGCUGCAAGGUCAGCAACCUCCUGGCAUUCAAUAUCUGAAAUAUCCUGAAUAAAUAUAGAGAGUCAGAUAGGAAUUAAAGCCAUGAUAGCAUGAGCUAGAGAAGGAUAAUGUCAUUCUGAUAUAAAAUUUAAAACCAAAUUGAUAUCAACAAAUCAGAACCUUGACAAAGGCAUAACUUCCAGAGAUCAUACUGGAACAAGCAGAUAAUGUUGGAUGAGAACGGACACCCCAUGCUAUUAAACACGGGGAGAAUUACACUGAGAAUCCUACUAAUUACUGAAUGUAUUUAUUAAAUACGAUUCACACCGCUUCCUCUUGCCUUGUGAACUACUUACCUGAAGAUACAGGAACAAAUCAAUAUCUGCCUGUCAGAAAGAGGCAGAGCCUAGUAGAGAAAUAAGAGUCUGUUAUUAAAACGCUGCAACAUUGACCCGAUGUUGCUAAAUUCAGAUUCACAACAAUACCUCACAAAGUGGAUGAAUUGAUACAGCAAUGAUCAGUCACAUGAGAGGAAUAAACUAAUAACAUUACUAGGCAAAGGCAAGAAGAAUCAUAUACAGAUUAGUUGAGGGAAAAAAUAAAUAUCGGUAUGAACCAUAGAAUUUGUGGCAACUACUAAAUUAUAAGGAGGCCAACCACGUCAGUACCUACAUUUGUAAAUAGUACAGAUUAUGCCAAACAGUAUAAUCAAAUUUAUUAGAGACUGUUGUGCACAUAAGUAAGAGAUAGAUAUAUACCAAGAUACUGAUGGGAAGGUGGUAUCCAGAGGCACAUUAUACAUUGUGACAACGGACACAUAAUAAGCAGGGUAGUAGAAGAUAUUCAGUUACCCUUAUGAGAACAACAACCGCAUACUUACUCUCACCUUAUCUUCAGAUAGUGAAGAAGUACUUAUGGCAGAGCCUAUGGUGAUAAUAAGCAGCUUGUUAUAUCUGCAAGAUAUUAACACCAAUCCAAGCAUAUAAUCCACAAGUAUUAAAUCAAUGCAAUGUUAGGAGUGACCAUAACUUAUACAGAUCAUCCUGCAGGAUGAAUAAACCAUUUGAAGUUACACAUGGUUGCAAAUUCCAGAUAUAAGGACACCAUGAAUAUCAGAAGAGAGGUCCAUAAUGGAACUACCUGUUUAGGGAUUUCCUCUAUUGUUCAGGCAGCAGGUGAAUUUUACCUGAAAUAGUAAACCUGGUAGAAUGGUCUGGGGACUGGAAAUACCUUAAAAUACUUGCAAUACACAGAAUCCAAGUUACCUGGAGCAUAUGAGCCUAAAAGAAUACCUUUAUUGCAGAAAGGAAAUUAUAAUGUUCCCCUUCACAAUAGGGGAAUCGGUCAGAAGUUUCUGAUCAUUAACUCCUUAAGAACCAAAAGCAUGCCACCCCUGACAUAUACUAAAGUGAUUGCCAAACUUUCCUCAUAGUAACUUAUACUAAGAGCAUAUAGUGGGUACAUAUACUGAGGCUUUGUCCUCAUAGUGACUCCUACAUAGAGCAUAUACUGGACACACACUGAGACUUCAUACCAAUUCAUACAUUAGAGCAUAUAGUGGAAACAUACCGAUGCUGUGCCACCACCAGAUCAUGUACAGAUACUGAGGCCCAGUGGUCUCCUGUGCAGUAUAUUCUUCCACGGCUGCAAAAGCCUGCUUAUUUGUGAUAAUGCACAGAUAACAGCAAUCAAUGCCACAUACCUUGGCACCCAAGAAAGUUUUCUUACCUUGGAUAUUUCUCUGUCUUCAGGAUAUGGAAUUCCAGCAGACUUCAUACAGCCAGGAUAUCCAUUAUCAGCACUCCUUUGCACAAUGCCUCCUUGAGUUAUCAGCACUCUUUUUGCAUUAUCAGCACUACUUUGCCCAAUGCAUACUUGUAUUAUCAGCACUCUUUUGCACCAAACAUCCUUGUAUAAACUUACCUAAAUGCUCACCACACAAAUCUCCUAAAUGUGACCUAUUUGUUAGAAGGAAGCCUAAUGUAAGCAGCUGGGAGGGACUGAAAGAACAGAGACCCAGGUGCCUAUACUAGUUUUAAUCUAAAUUACUAAUGCACUUACCUGAACCAUUGCAGGACUGUGUUUCAGCAGCAAAAUGGGGAUUUGAACAACUGACAGCCUAAACUAUUUAAACUAUAGGCUUCCAUCUGUACCCCAUAUGCCGUUCAUCAUGACCAUACAAGGUGGAAUACAUAGAAUAGGUAUACCCUGGUAGUCACAACUCUGUUGGGCCUCAUGUAUGCAGUGUACCGCUGUCAUCCCCUCAGGGAGAGAGAUAGGUUAGACUCCUGAUUGCUGAAGGAGGUACCCAGGCUGGCAACUCUUACACAUGUGCUGUUUGCUGGGUCUUCAUGGAUAAGGGCUUAGACUCAACUGGGCCUCAUGUAUGCAGUGGACUACUGUCAUCACUUCCGAGAGAGAUAGGACAGACCCCUGGUUGCUGAAGUAGGAGCCCAGGCUGGCAACUCUUACCGGUAUGCUGUUUGCUGGGUCUUCAGGGGUAAGAGGCUGAACCCUGGCCUGGCUUCAUGUAGGCAGUAUAUCACAUACAUCCCUUGAAGGGGUACCCAAGCUGGCCUGUUGUUGGGUCUUCAGGGAUAAGAGGCUGAACCCUGGCAUGCAGUGGACCAUUUCAUCCUUUUCAGGGAGAGGUUGAGUCCAAACCCCGAUCACUAAAGUGGGUACCCAGGCUAGCCACUUCAUCUUAUUUGCUGGGUCUUCAGGGCUUAGAGGCUGAACCCCGGCAGGGUCUAAAAAAUAUUGCCCAGUGAGCAUAAAAGAAAAAAUCUAGGCCUGCAUAAGCAGACUCCUUCCAAACAGCUGUGAAGGACAGGAAAAAAGACUGACUGACUGGGAAGGGGGAGGAUCUAUUUAUACCAGUUUGAGUUCUAUUUCCUGUCCUUUCUGCUGUAAGGGGAGGAGCUAACCCAUGAAUAAUGGUCAGGAAAUAUGAAUUCAUUAUAAGUGUAUUUUGAGAUAUGUGUGUGUAUAUAUCUCAAAGUACACUUCUAAUGAAAUCGUAUAUGUGUAUAAUAUAUUAUAAAAUGCUUUAUUUUAUUUUAUAACACUCCUGUUUUAUUUCAUAACAGACACUCCUCACUUACCGACCGGGUUCCGUUCCUACGACCCGGUCAUAGAACAAAUCAGUCGGUAAGUGAGGAGUUAGAGGAUUGCACCAGAGCAGGGAAUCCCUUAUGUUCGGGGAAGUUUCCCCAAACAUAGACAUGUGCACCAGAGCAGGAAAUCCCCAUGACUGCUCGCGCUUACGCCUGGUCGUCAGUGCGAGCUGUCGUAAAACAGGUAGGUUGCUAAAUGAGGACCACCUGUAUAUGUAGAAUAUAUUUAUUUUAUGUAUUUUUUUUUUUUUUUUUGCAGCCUCUCUGCUCAGACAGUCCCCCUGCUGGCAGCUUGUAGAGUCCUAUUGCGGCGAUGUGAUCAUAGUGAUCACAUGGCCCUGAAGGGCCGGGGUGGCCAGAGCUGCUGCAGGGGGGCUGCUGUGUGUGUGUGUGUGUGUGUGUGUGUGUGUGUAUAUAUAUAUAUACACACACACACACACACACACACACGUCCCCAGCAGUGGGGGGUAUUCCACGAUGCCUCACUAUCAAGGCAUCGUGUAAUACCCAUAGAGCGGCUGGAAGCUAUCACAAUUGCUUCCAGCGCUCAAAUUUACCGUGGACGUAUGAGGUACGUCCGCGGUCCUUAAGGGGUUAAAGGACAACUGUCACCUCAACGCUAUUAUUUAAUAUAAAUCAUUAAAUUUUGAAAUAGAUUUCCUAAAUUAAAUAUAUGUAAACAUUUGAAAAACUCAUCCCUACCUUAGUGAAGCGGGGAAGACCAUAGAGACUAACUUUCGGAAUCAAACACUAUCUGACUCAAGGUGUAUGUAUAUGGAUUAAUGAUCCUGUCAUACUAAAGAUAGGGAUGGAUAUUAAGAUAGUGCUGAGGUGAUUUGUUCUCUUUUAAUAAUUCCUGUUGGAAGAUGCAUUUGUUUUUUGUAUUUUUUUUCUCUUUUAUUACACGGUUUUGGUUUGCCUUGUCUUUGCUAACUUGCCUCUUUCUCACUAGUUUCCAGAGAUGAAUGAAGUUAGUAAGGAAGAUGAGGAAGGAGGACGUCCCCUUACAGCAUUUCUAAUUCAGAAUGCUGGCCUACUCACUGGCUUUUCCAUCAUGUUGCUGCUGACCACCUUCUCUGGCCAGAUAAAACUGGGAUAAGAGGAAUGAGAUCUACUGAACCAUCCAACCAACGUAUUUGUUCUUUAUUUUUGAGCCUAGGAUUUGUUCUUCCCUUUCUAAUGGACCAAAAGGGGAAUAUAGUGCAAUGUUUUUAUCCCCUUCCCUACCAAAUAUAUAGACCAAGGGUUGGAGAUGAAGCAGGGUGCUGCUACCUAUCCGACGAACAAACUAAUUCCAACACCUAUUCUGCAGACUGCCCAAACGUCCAUUCUUAGAUUUGUCUCUAUGAACUUAAGUAGUGAAACAAAGAAUAGAGUCCUAGUCAUACUCUGUACACCUUGCUUAUUAAACUUUUCUUGAAGGCUCUCCCACGACCACCGUCGCCAUCUUACAUUAUCUGUAAGUGGAAGAAUAAAAAUCCAUCCCAUCCAAUUAGAGGAGAAAGCACAGUGACUGGACUGCUGACUGCACUUAGAAGCUUUAUCUUAUCAUAUUGAUAAGUAGCUAUGGUUUAAAUUCUCCUUUCAAUGGACCAAACACCCUGCCCUGAGUGGAUGAAGUUCUGCUGUAUCUACAGCCUGCCUAACAGAAGGUUACUUUGUUUAACUGCCCCAUGUAGCAAAUUGCAUCAAUCUAUUUUUGUGCAGUCCUGACCCAUUCUGUGUUUUUCCUGAAAUAUACUUCCGUUAUUUUUAUUUUAAUAAACACAGGGACUUCUUGUUCUGCACUGACUGUACCAUGCAAACACAAGUGUUGUGCUGCUGCUUCCUUCAUAUCCAAAUCAAGUUUUGUCUUGUUUGUUUUGUAAUAUAGUUAGAGAGAGAGAGAGAGAGCGAGAGAGGAGCUGAGCUCUGCAAAGAAAUUGUAUGUUAGUUUACAGACGUGUGGUUUCUAAAUACACUAAAUAACAGAAAAGCAUAUGCAAAAUUGUAAUGGCAGCCCUUGUGGAUGAUUUACGAAAGGGGUAAUAAAACAUUUCACCGUUAAACCCACAAUUGCUUGCCUUUAGUCCAACAUGUAUGUUUGUAUUUCAGUCUAGAUUUUCUGCCAGUAGAUGAAUGCAGCCUUUCUACUGACUAACUGAUCAAAAGUAAGAAGAUGGCCAAGUUUGGUCUUCGUAACCUUCCUCUUUAGUGCAUGCCUAUGCAAUUUGAUUUAUGAAGAAAAGGGAUUUCUCUCAAAUUACAGGAGUGAAAAGACUUGUGACCUUUAACUCCCAUAGAUGCAUGUUCUGUGUAGGAAAUACAUCGCCAUUCAACAAGCAAAUUUGUAGGUGUUACUUCUGAGGUAAUUGACAUAACUUUAUUAUCAACUCAAUAAUGAGCAAGGCCAGUGACUUUACAACGCCCAUAGCUUUCACCAAAAUAUACUAAAAUUUGCCUAAAAAAUAAAUAUAUGUGUGUGUUUAUUUCCCCCCAUUAACUAGACCUUGAUAGGGUUACCAGACUGGCUAUUUACAAAUACACAUUGACAUCCAGACUGGUGUCAAAGGAAACCAAAGUUUAAAAAGUAAAAAAAAAUUUAAAUUUAAGAUAUUGACAGUGCAUGAAUUAUACAUCCUAUUGGUGCUUUUCCUACAGGGCCCUGUGUGAGGAUUUAUAAAUUAUUUUUUUUAAGCAAGCUUUACAUUUUCUUGUGUGUCAGUGAAUCUUUCCAAUGUUUUAUUAGCAUAAGUGGAUUGACAAAGGCUUGAAUAACGGAACAGUAUUCAAUGUGAAUGAGCAAACAAGGAAUUGUGUAGUAAUAAAAAAGGAAUUGCUUAUUUUAGGCUAAAUUGGAUAAGCUUGCAAUUCUCCUGUUAAUUCGCCACAGUUCCCUGUUUGCUAAAUUGUUCACAAAACUGUGAAUUUAAAAUAGUAGGCCACAAUAGUCAAAUUGAAAAGCCUUCUCCAAGUCACCUAUUUUAUUUUUCCAAUUUGGCUGUUUUUGGCCUAAAAUGUGAAAUUCACUUUGAAUGUCUGACCAUUUACACUUUGGAAUUUACAGGGUUACUUACUAAAGUGUGAGUAGUCACAAAUUCAAGUGAAUUUUCAAAAUGUAGGCAAAAAUAUUCAUAAUGAAAAAUGUUCAAUGUUUUCCAAUUUGGCUAUUUUGGCCUAGAAUGUGAAAUUAACUUUGAAUUCCUGCCAAUUUACGAUUUAACGAAUAUAAUCUAUAGUCUCAGUCUGUGCUAGACUCCGUCUUUUUUUUUUUUCCAUGUUUAGUUUGAGGUAGCUGCUGAAUAGCAGUGGUUAUAUGACUUGUAUGUGGGAGAUUUCAUUGCUAAAAUUAUAACAGCUUGGUGGUUGUGGUUUUUUUUUUUCAAGUUUGUUUUUAUAGUUCUUUUCCUGGAACUCCCAUCUCAGGUUCUGACAAUAAAAUAAUAGUUUGAAUGAG